UCGUCGUAGUACGUUCAGCGGCCGCGCACGGCUACGGCCUUUCCCGAUCGCGAUCAAUAGCGCGAGUGAAUCCCUAUCGACAGGUGCGUCCCCGGCGGACCUGGACGGAUCAGUUUCGAGGAGAGCUCGUCGCCUCCUGGCCCGGGGCCAGGCGAGGGACCGAUCAAUCGCUCGAUCCGCGCACUCGUCCGCGCGCGCGGUCGUCCGCAUUUCCGCAUUCGAGAGGGAUUAAAGGAGUACAGAGGCAUAAAGGGAGAGAAGGCCGAACUUGAUCCGCUCGGCCGGUCGACGUCCCGUCCGAGAAUUUUUAGCGAUCGACAAUCCGUCGGCGGAAAAUGGAGACCGAGAUGGGCGGCAGAGCGAAUAAGCCCAGCGAGGAAUUGGCCAAGAGACGUGUGUCGAUCAGCGACCAAGUCAUGGGACUCGAUAAUCCCGCCUUCGAGCACCACCGGCGCAUCAGCGCGAGCUCGGAGCACAAUUCCGAUCAGGGCAGGCGGAAGUCGAUCCUGCAUCACGGCGGCAGCGCGGAGAACAUUCCGCAGUACAAGUUCGAUCUGGAGAACGGCAGGAUCAACGGCAACAGGAAGAAAUCGGCGUACAGUCUGUCCAGCUCGAUCAGGGACAAGAUCGAGUACUCCGAGGAGCUCGAGAGGUCGUGGCUGUAUCUAUUUUGCUCGCGAUGUCAUGGUCGCGACGACACGCCAUCGUGGGAGCCACCAGGCUGGAGAAGAGCGUGUCCGCAGCCGUUCUGUCCAACGUAUAGGAAGUUCGCACGGAUUCUGUGCCUCUUCCUUUUGGGCCUGCUGCUCUGGGGUGUCGCCUACUCGGUGAUCGGCAAUGACGCCGCCCCGGGUGGCCAGCUCUUCGGAUUGGCCGCCCUGUGCAUCGCCGCGCAUUUCGGGGGUUGGCUGAUCUCCUUGACCACUCUUCCGACUUUGAUUGGUAUGCUGAUUACCGGUCUAAUAUUGCAGAACGUCGGGCUCGUCAAGAUCGAGGGACAGUACACCAUGGUGGUCUCCAAUCUACGGAAAGUCGCCCUGGUUAUCAUACUCACCAGAGCGGGCUUGGACCUCGAUCCGAACGCUCUGAGAAAAUUAAGAGUCACCGUGCCGAAGCUGGGCUUGAUACCGUGGAUGGUGGAGGCCACGGUGGUCGCUAUAUCGACGAAAUACCUCUUGCAUCUGCCCUGGGUGUGGGGCUUCCUCCUCGGAGCCGUCAUAGCAGCUGUCUCGCCCGCCGUCGUGGUGCCCUGCCUCUUCAGGCUGCGCAGCAAGGGCUACGGAGUCGCAAAGGGCAUUCCGACGCUGAUCAUCGCGGUGGCCGGAAUCGACGAUGCGGCUUCCGUGGCGGUUUUCGGUAUCGUGAAGAGCGUCAUGUUUUCUCACGACGCGUUGUGGUACCAGAUCCUUCAGGGGCCCAUCGCGAUUAUCGGCGGUCUGGGAUUCGGCAUCAUGUGGGGCUGGUUGGCCAAAUACGUGCCGGAGAAGGGCGACCCCUUCCUAGUGCCGCUAAGAGUGCUAAUGCUACUGGGGGGUGGCCUGCUGGCGGUUUUCGGCAGCGAGGCGAUCGAGCUUGGUGGCGCCGGACCGCUUGCGGUCGUGGCCGCAGCUUUCGUCAGCUGUUACUUUUGGCAGCAAGAGGGCUGGGACGUGGACGACAAUCCCGUGGCCACGUCUUUCGAGAUCUUCUGGAUGAUAUUCGAACCGAUCUUGUUCGGCGUAACUGGCGCGCAGAUCAAGAUCAACGAGCUCGAGGGAAAAACAGUCUAUCUCGGAAUAAGUUGCUUGGUGAUCGGUAUCGUCAUCCGCAUCGGAGCGACGGUGCUGGUCGGAAUUGGCUCCAAGCUCAAUCUCAAGGAGAAGGUGUUCAUCGCCCUAUCAUGGAUGGCUAAGGCGACUGUGCAGGCGGCCCUGGCAUCCGUCGCCCUCGAAGAGGUCGACAAGGACGAUCAGCAGCAGGUCGAGUACGCCGAAACGGUGCUGAUGAUGUGCGUGCUCUCGGUGCUUCUGACCGCGCCGGCCGGAGCCAUCAUCAUCACGCUCUCGGGGCCGAAGCUGCUCACGAAAACCACCGCGCCGGUCAGCCCGCCGGAGGCCUGGAAAACGCGCAGGCCAUCGAUUCGCGACAUCUCGAUCAUCAAUGAGGACCCGGACCUCGAGGAGACCGCGAACGAGAGGAAGCCCUGACAGCCGCAUUUCAUUUGCAUUCAAAGUCAAGUUAGUAGGAGUCCGCCCUCAUUUCGCAGUGCCCCGAAAGUGCCCGAACGUGCCUUUGUUUUCGUUAUCCAAAGCACGACUUAACGAUCGUAGGCUUAUAUCUGUACGGACACUGGCGAGAUGUUAAUCGACCGGGAGAUUUAAUGUUGGCUGACCUAUAUGUGCUAAUGGUCAAAGGCGAGGUACGUAGCGAUAUCUCAGCGAUGCCGUCGCUGGACCUUUUAUCCUGAAUUACGUGGAGAGGAGAUUUUACUCAGCCUGACGUUAAAUCGUCGAUAUCGCUAUACUUUUAAGUGGGGAAGCGGUGGAACUUAAGCGAUGAUCCUAGUCCAUGCAAACAUUCUUCUACGAAACGAAAGGACGAUCGACGAUUGGCCCUGUCUUGCACAUCCGCAUAAUAAUGCAAAAUUAAGAGAUUGCGUUUAUUUAUGGGUUUUAUGUCCUUAAGAUUUAUUCUAAUCCGCAAAGCUCAUAAAUUGAGAAUUUCAUCGAUGCCGUGAUCUUGGCGAUUAUACUACGCGCACGCGCAGCUCGUUGACGAAUUCAUUAUUAUUCUAAUUGUAUAUUUUAUUAUACAUUGUUGUAAUCAUUAUUACAAUAAUUUCCAUGUGUCUCUUUUCUUGAUCACGCUAUUUUUAAGCACGGACUCUACUAGUAAGACGCCGCGAACGUCUUUUAUUACACUUACGUAUGAUGUUUUAAUGAAUUCAUUGCCGAUAUUGACCCUGCGUUUUUAAACAAAAGAAAGAGAGGCUGUGGCUACGGAGGUGGUAUCUGUGUGCUAGUGAUAAUUUUAUCGAUAACACGUAGCAGUUUAUCUAUAUUAUAGCAGUAUUGAUUCACUUGUUACUCAAGAAGUUACAUUAAUUUUUACGAGUAAUUUAUGUUUAUUCCUGCGGAAGAAAAUCGCUCGUUGGAUGACGGGUUACUGUGUGACACAUGAAGACAUUUUUUGUAAUAAGUACCAACGAGAGAUGCGAUUGGUGCGCUAGUUUGCUAAUACAAUAUUAAGUGAUUUUGGAAGCUUUAUGAGUGAUUGGUUUAUAGGUGUUGGCCGUAUUACGGAUUUUAUAAUUUUAAGCGUAAGUUUAUAUCGGGGAAAAAAAGAAAGUGAAAUGUGCAAGUGAAUUGCGAGUCUGGCAUUAGAAUCGUCGGCUACAAAGUUGUGCCACGUAAUAUCUUAGUCUUUAUUUUUUAAAAAGUUUUUUUCAGUGAAAGGAGAAAAGCCGGAUCAAGUUUUAUGGUGGCAUAAGAGUUUAGUGUCGACGAUUCUCGGUGUUAAGAGGGUGGCGUGUGUCCUAGAACACGUCCCGGAUACAUCCUGAACGCAUCCUGGAUACAUAGUGUAAACGGAUCUAUUGUUGCAGGAGAUCAUACUUUUAAGCUCCAUUUGAGUAUACAUUUAAAAUAAAAGCAGAUUUUGCUAAU